AUGGAAAUAGGUCCAACUCGAACACUGACGCCUCAAGUAGGCGGGCAUGUUGGUGUGCUCACCACCGAAAACGGUUCGCUCCUCAUCAAAGCGGCCUUACCUCGCGAGCUUGAGGUCUACCAGAAAUUGCUAUACGACCCAGUCUUGGAGGCUUUGCGGCCCUUUACAGCUACAUUUCUGGGAACUUUGAAACUAGAGGGGGAAGUCGACGAGAGCAACCCCAUCACGCCGGACGGCGGGAUCGCUAUCAAACCCACAGACGACCAUAAAGAUGAUUCCAUCGUUUUAGAGAACGUUACAUAUCCCUUCCUUAAACCAAAUAUUCUGGACGUAAAGCUUGGUACAAUACUGUAUGAUGAAACAGCGUCACCAGAAAAGGUUGAGCGGAUGAAGAAGACCGCCAGAGAUACGACUUCAUUUGAGACGGGCGUCAGGUUGACCGGAUUCCAGGUGUACGAUAAUGCCACUUCCCUUCCAAAGGUCAUUCCGAAAUCUUACGGCAAAAGCAUCAAAUCAAGCGAUCUUCCUGAUGGUAUCUCACAAUUCUUCCCUGUCGGACAAGCACCGAACUCUUCUUCCGGGCUCCCUAAACAAACUUUGCUACCGAUCCUGCGUGCCAUCCGGGAAGAUGUCGCGGACAUUCGGGAAGUCUUUACCACUCUUGAAAUCCGCCUGGUUGGGGGCAGCUUGCUCAUCAUUUACGAAGCUGACUGGGCUAGAGCAGAGGAGGGUUUGCAGCGGCUCUGGCCGGACGAAGGCGACGAGGGAGGCCCUCCGUUCGUCGUCAAAAUCAUCGAUUUUGCUCAUACACGCCUGGCACCGGGGGAAGGCCCUGAUGAAGGUGUUUUGCUUGGUCUUGAUACCGUUCUUAGACUGUUGGAUGCGAGGAUUGCACAAAUUGAAGGUUGA